GCUCAGUACACGAAAUCGUCUUGGCAGAUGACAAGGGAGAAUAAAAUUGAUACAUCUUAAAAAGGGUAAUACGUGGCCAUUUCAUCAGCUACGAUGGCGAAAACAGAACAAGUGUUAAAAUUAGAGCCAGACAACGAAUUACGCUUCAGAGGUCCUUUUACGGACGUGGUCACUGCUGAACUGAAGUUGGUAAAUCCCUCAGAAAAAAGAGUAUGUUUCAAAGUCAAAACUACAGCACCAAAGCGCUAUUGUGUGCGACCCAACAGUGGAAUCAUUGAGCCAAAUCAGUCUGUCAGUGUUGCAGUCAUGCUACAGCCAUUUGAUUAUGACCCACAAGAAAAGAAUAAACACAAAUUCAUGGUUCAGACAAUGUUUGCUCCUGAUGGUCCUAUUGAAAGCCAGGAACAGUUGUGGAAGGAGGCAACUCCAGACAAAUUAAUGGACUCCAAGUUGAAGUGUGUUUUUGAAAUGCCAGCAGACAGUAGUCAUGGUCCUGUGACAAAGCAGGUAAAAGAAUCAGAAGAAAAACCAGCUUCCAGCAAACCUGUCAAACAAGUCCAGUUAGAAACCUCUCCACCUACAUAUGCAUCAAUAGUGGAAUCUGAGCAAGGGAAGAAAGGUGAAGAUAUUCAAAGCUUACAGGCAGAGGUGAAAAAAUUGAAUGAAGAAAACGCAAAGUUAAAGGAAACGGAGGUCAGACUGAGAAAAGUAGCAAUUAAAGAUACAGUGUCCUCUCCCCCCUCAUCAAGUGCACCUGCACCUGCACAACAGGCCAUCCCAAACCUUCCUCCCAUUGUUUACCUAGUGAUCACGUUCAUUUUAGGACUUCUUAUUGGAAAAUUCAUCUUUUGAAAUUUAUCAUUAACAGACAAAACAUAGAUUUGGAAAGUUCCGAGAAAUUUGAUUUUGAUAGUAACAGCUGAUCAACCAUGAGAAAAUGUUCUACCUGUCGCGGUUGAUUGCUCCAGCUCCAGUUUAUUUCAGGCACCAGCUAUUAAAUUUACUGUCCAAAGAUUUCUUUUCUUGAUUACAAAUUUAAGUAGGUUCUUUGAAGAAAUUUUUCUUCUUGUUCAUUGUAAAAAAAAGAAAUGUUCAUGUUCAAAAUCAAUUUUAAGAAUCCUACAUUGAUGUUUAAUUUUAUUGACUUAAAUGUAUGGUAUGUGAGAUUUUAGUUUGUUACAUACAUCAGGUACUCUGUACAAGCUUACCUAAAGACAUAGAGAAAAAAUGUACAUUGUACAUUGUACAUAGGUACAUUGUCUGAUGUGUGAUAAAUAAAAUAUUGUUGAUGCAAUAAUUAUAUGAUAUGAUGGUGUAUAAUGUAAAUAUACACUGUCUGAUACAUGCAUGAGUUACUGUAAGGCUGGCUGUGUAUUUACUAUCAGGACAUGGUGUGCAAUGUAUUGUUUGCCAAGUAAAUGCAUGUUGAUGUUAAAUUUGUUUACAGACUUGUAAUUAUUUCAUGAACCAGUAAAUCAUUGACAGUAGGUCUUUGUUCCCCACCCUCGUCAUUACAUAGACAAUGAAAUAUAUACAAUCUUUUUACUUGUUAUUAUACAUCAGUUAGUAGUAGAUAGUUGCUCUGAAAUUUGUUUUACUGGGAAUAUUUGUAAGACUUUGUAUGUUUUGUUGAAUGUGUUAAAAUGUAGAGAGUUUGUUAGAGUUUUUAUCAAGUUAAUAUGUUUUCAACAGAAAAUCAAGAUGUUCUUUGACAGCCCUAUCCAUAAAUCAGUGUUUUUAACCUUGCCAGACAUUUUUGGAGCAAAAUAAAAAAAAAUGUUCUAACCUAAAAAUAUUGUAUAGUUACAUAAAUCUAUGACCAAAGUUUUCAAAAUAUUCUUGUCUUCAACAAAUGUCAAGAUAUUUUCAGUCUACGAUAUGAUAGAAAAUACAGAAUAAAAAUUAUUUUAAAAAAGUACAGAGCAUGCUAGCAUCUGUAAAGUAGGUUGGAUUGAAUUUCAAUAAAUGUGUCUUCCAAUCGACAGACAGGAAACUAAGAUAUUAGGAAUCUGUUAGAUUUGUAUCAUCAUUCUGACUUGCAAUGCUGAUGGAACACAAUAUUCUUACUAUUAAAAAAAAAUCUGUUGGAGGUUGCUUAUGUAUUUGGUUUUGAUUUUUUUAAACAUCUUUAUUAUACAGUAUAAAUUGCUGGUUCUGAUACUAUUUUGCACAGAACAGGUUGGUAAAUUGUGAGCCUUUUAUGUCCUCUUUGAAGCAAUUUAAGUCGCAGUAAAAAUCCUAUACCAAAAUCUUUGGAAGAUUUGCUGCUUAUCAAACUUCAGUAUUGGGGAGGGGAUGCCCUGUUUGAUAAUUUCUGAAGUAAUCACAUGUUGAAAUGCAGUAGAUUGGAUUUGAUUGAGUUUUGUGAAGUUGAUGAGGAAGAAAAUUUAGGUUGCUCAGUUUUUAUUGCUUGCUAAUAUCAAUGAAUACACACCAAUGAAGGCUUUUUAAGAUUUCAGACUUGUAGCCAUUCCUAUAAAAUGUCCACAAAAUACUGCAAGAUUUUGGUGAUGGAACUUACGUCUAGUUGGUCUAGGGAGAAGGUUAAGUUAUAUAGAACUUACUUGCACUGUGGAUGUUUACCUGAUAAUAAUCUCAGUCUAACCAUAAACUCAUAAGGUGUAUGUAAUUAUUUAUUGUAUAUAUAUGCCAAUCUAUGAAAGGUUGUACCUUUGUACCUCUCAAGUACAUGUAUCAUCUAAAUGGUCCAACAGAAUCUAUUAUUAAGGGAAUUAUUUAAUUAAAAAUUAGUACAUUGCAAUGUGUUUAUAUAUGCAUAUCUUGGAAGGAAGGUAUAAUGAUGUGGCACUGUCUGUCUAGCUGUCCUUCUGUCUGACUUGGACACAGUUUUUAGCUCACCUGAGCUGAAAGCUCAAGUGAGCUUUUCUGAUCACCGGUCGUCCGUCCGUCUGUCCGUCCGUCUGUAAACUUUUCACAUUUUCAACUUCUUCUCAAGAGCCACUGGGCCAAUUUUAACCAAAUUUGGUACAAAGCAUCCUUGAGUAAAGGGGAGUUUAAAUUGUUAAAAUAAAGGGCCAAACCCCCUUACAAGGGGAGAUAAUCAAGAAAAGACAAAAAUAGGGUGGGGUCAUUAAAAAAUCUUCUCAAGAACCACUAGGCCAGAAAAGCUGAAACUUAUGUGGAAGUAUCCUGGGGUAGUGUAGAUUCUAAAUUGUUAAAAUCAUGACCCCUGGGGGAAGGGUGGGGCCACAAUAGGGAAUCCAAGUUUUACAUUGAAAUAUAUAGAAAAAAUCUUUAAAAAUCUUCUUCUCAAGAACCACUGGGCCAGAAAAGCUGAAACUUAUAUGGAAGCAUGCUGGGGUAGUGUAGAUUCUAAAUUGUUAAAAUCAUGACCCCCAGGGGAAGGGCGGGGUCACAAUAGGGAAUCCAAGUUUUACAUUGAAAUAUAUAGAAAAAAUCUUUAAAAAUCUUCUUCUCAAGAACCAUUGGGCCAGAAAAGCUGAAACUUACUGGAAGCAUGCUGGAGUAGUGUAGAUUCUAAAUUGUUAAAAUCAUGACCCCUGGGGGAAGGGCGGGGCCACAAUAGGGAAUCCAAGUUUUACAAUGAAAUAUAUAGAAAAAAUCUUUAAAAAUCUUCUUCUCAAGAACCACUUGGUCAGGAAAGCUAAGAGUUUUGUAGAAGCAUCCUGGGGCAGCGUAAAUUCUAAACUAUUCAAAUCUUGACCCCUGGGGGUCACAAUAGGGAAUCCAAGUUUUACAUUGAAAUAUAUAGGAAAUAUCUUUAAAAAAUUUCUCCUCAAAAACCUCUUGGCCAGUAAAGCUGAAACUUAUAUGGAAACAUCCUGGGGUAGUGUAGAUUUUAAAUUGUUAAAAUCAUGACCCCCAUGGGUAGGGCGGGGCCACAAUAGGUAUUACAAAAAGAUCGUCUGGUGAAGAACAGCAGGGCCGAAGUUAUUCAGGUGAGCGUUGUGGCCCAUGGGCCUCUUGUUUUUUCUAGUUGUUACUGAUUUCAGGUUAGCAUUGCAAAGGGAGGUAAUGCUUACAAACAAUGGCGAGAAUAAAUUUUAGAAAAAAUAUAUUGAUCUGCAUUAUACUGCAUUGAUACAUUAUAUUUAAUUUUAUGAAUAUUUAAGUUUGUUUAUUCAUCACUAACAUAUACAAAUUUCAUUUUAAAAUGUUAGUUUAAAGAGACAUGCCAAGAAAUUCAAAGAUAUACAGUCUCGUUUAGUAUGUUGCAUUAAGACUCCUGAGUCUUGCAUUGUAAUUGCCUCUACUGGAUCUGUCAAAUUAAAGGCUAUUUAUAGUUGCUGACUGCAAAGAAAAAAAUGUAUUAUUAGCUUACAUUACGGUGCAUUAAUUUUAAUUUAUCAAGGAAUAUUAAAUAAUACUUUUAUUUAUAAGAAAAACAUGUAAUGAUCAGUAGAAUAUUUAAAAAGAUGCCUUGAUGAACAGGUUGAUGAUAUGCUGUGGGUAGUGCUGUUUUGUGUGUGUGUGAACUAUCUAUAGACACACUCUGACUUCAGAUUUAAGAUAUUAAGAUAGGUUAAGAUAUAUAUUUCACAUAUCCACCAAUGAAUUAUUUGGUAGCAGUCAUGUAUCAUUUUAAUAACUUUCCAUGUAUUAAUUUCUGAUAGUUUCAUUAUUUUACUUCAAACUGCGUAUCUUCCUGUCUCAUUACCUGUAUCAUGUAUAAGCAUGCUAGAGUCGAAUAAACUGGUAACAGAUUGUAUACCAAGGCAGCCAUUUUCUUGAUAUUACACAAUUUGGUGUAUUAAUGUUACCAAAAAUAAAGUGUAAAGCUGCCAAAGUUCUCGAUCAUUAAAACUUGCACAGAAUAUAUA